AAUCGGCCAUUUCGUCGGUGUAGGCCAUCAGCUGUAGAGGGCAGUGGGGGUUAAUAUCGAGUUUACUGGUAACCUGAAAGGCACACUAACAACAUCCAACCAUGAAUGAGACAGCUAUCUCCUUCGCCAAGGAUUUCUUGGCCGGUGGUAUCUCCGCCGCCAUCUCCAAAACAGCCGUCGCCCCCAUCGAGAGAGUGAAGCUUCUCCUUCAGGUCCAGCAUGCCAGUAAGCAGAUCACGGCGGAUAAGCAGUACAAGGGUAUCAUGGACUGCGUCACCCGUAUCCCCAAGGAGCAGGGGUUCCUUUCCUUCUGGAGAGGUAACCUUGCCAAUGUCAUCAGAUAUUUCCCCACCCAGGCCCUCAACUUCGCCUUCAAGGACAAGUACAAGAAGAUCUUCCUUGAUGGCGUCGACAAGCGAGCCCAGUUCUGGAGGUACUUCGCCGGUAACUUGGCGUCUGGUGGUGCCGCCGGAGCCACUUCCCUCUGCUUCGUGUACCCCCUCGAUUUCGCCCGUACCCGUCUGGCUGCUGAUGUGGGAAAGGCUGGUGCCGGCAGAGAGUUCAAUGGUCUGGGAGACUGCCUGGUGAAGAUCUUCAGGUCCGAUGGCCUCAAGGGUCUGUACCAGGGCUUCAAUGUGUCUGUGCAGGGCAUCAUCAUCUACAGGGCUGCAUACUUCGGCAUCUAUGACACAGCUAAGGGUAUGCUUCCAGACCCCAAGAACACCCACAUAUUGGUGAGCUGGAUGAUUGCACAGAGUGUGACAGCUGUUGCUGGCCUGACCUCAUACCCCUUCGACACUGUCCGUAGACGUAUGAUGAUGCAGUCCGGACGCAAAGGAGCUGACAUCAUGUACUCCGGGACCAUCGACUGCUGGCGUAAGAUCGCACGUGAUGAGGGCGGCAAAGCUUUCUUCAAGGGAGCCUGGUCCAACGUGCUCAGAGGCAUGGGCGGCGCCUUCGUGCUGGUGUUGUACGAUGAGCUGAAGAAAGUCAUGUAAUUCGUCAUAUUGUCACGUCACUGUCCAAUUUGGCUAAAUGUAAUAACUCUCCAUUUCUAUGGACUCUGCAUUCUGCCUUAUUUAUGGGAACAAACUUUAGUGUCUCACCCCUAGCUGUGGGCGAUGGCUGUACGUUGUGCAUCUUUAUGAUUUUAAAACGUUCCACACCCUCUUUACCAAUGUCAUUCCUGUUAAAGAAAUCUGAUACCUCCUCCUGUCAUUCACUAGGUUUGUAUGGUUCCAACUUGAAUAAAUAUAUUCUGGGGAACAAACUUAAA